AAAUUUCAGGCACCGCUUCAAAAUCCCGCCUCAAAAGUUCUCGUCUCCAUUUCCCCUCCCGCCUCUCCGCCUCCUCGGCUCCGCCCCCAUCGCUUUCCCCGCCGCGAUGCCACGGCGGCGGCGGCGGCGGCGGCCAGAAUCCGGCGGCCGAGUUCCCCCGGAGCUCCGCCUGGCUUAUGGCGCCCGGGCGCUCCCACUCGGCCGCGCGAUUUUAUCCCUCCUGCCCUCGCCUCGACAGGGCGAGCCCUCCUGCUCGGCGUGCCGCGGAAGAGCGGUCUCCGGGUGCCUCGCGUGCUGCCGUUGGGAGCACCUCCUCCGCGACGGGGACCCCGUAUCUUACCGCCGCCUCGUCACUCGAGCCGUCUGCGCCGUCGCGGCCGACGACCGGUCCGCGCCCCCGCCGCCCAGCUACACUCCGGGCAACUCCGGGCACUCGCAGGCCAGGCUUGUUCGGGAGAUGAUCAAGUUGAUCGUUGCGAAUCAGUCGUGUACAUCCAAGAAUGUCCUCUGUAAUGGUUUGCGUGAGGGUGGCCAGACUAUAUGUAUCAGUGACCUUGUUUCUUCUUCAUCUUGGAAUAUUCUUUUGCACAGAAUUGGGGAUCUUCUCAUGUGCUAUUUGCUGAGGCACACAUCAAUCUUUCUGUGUGUUAAAAAGAAUGAUUAUUUCCAGGUCUCUGGCGUUCCACUCAAUGUGGUUAUGCGGAAUCCUAUAUUUGCAACUACUGUUGCAAGAAAACGUCAAGCCCAAACUACAAAGGCAAAAUGUCAUACAUGCUACCUGUGGAAAAGUGUAGACAUGGGGGAAAGCAUUUCUACUUGUGAUGACAGUUCAAAUUCAGGGGUUUAUUCUUCAGUUAGAAGCACCUGCAAAAUUGUUGCUCAACAAAGCCCUGAAAAACGUGGUUCCAUAAGAACAGAAUCCAAUGAUCCAGAAGGAUGUAAUUGGCCUCAAUUUCCUUCUGAUGUUAGAUCAGCAGAGUGUUUCAGCUGCUAUACCCAGAACCCUAGGAAAAGAAAAAGGUUAUACAGUUGGCAACGUCGCAACAGAAAGAAGCAGCUCUAUUAUUUGGAUGGGUCUUCAGAAGAAUGGAGUAAAUUAAAAAGUAGGCAUUUCAAUAUGUCUAAUUGGCUAUUGGAGGAUCCAGCUGGAAAAAUGAAUUAUCAAGCACAAUCUUUUGAGCCCACUGUAGAUAAUACUUCUUUGGCAAGGAGAAAUGUUGACAAUUCUUUAGAAAUCAAAGAGAUGAAUGCAGAUAUUUUGUCAUCAGAAAAAUCACCUCAUUCAGUGUUUGACAUUAAGGGUUUACAGGGAUUAUCGUGUCAUCACAGCAUGCCAGAAGUCCAGUACCAAUCUACAUGUCCCCAAGUUGGGCUCUCCAGUUCCUUACAUCUGAAUACUUUUUCCAAUUGCUUCAAUUGUAUAAUAUCGAGUGCAUCCAAAUGUGUAUCAUUAGAUUCCUUGAUACCAAGAAAUGGUAUUUUCUAUAACAGAAGGACAACCUAUAGUGUCUUCCAUUGCAAACAUAUUUUAAACAAAAGGAAAAGACCAGAUGCUCUAUCUUUUGUAAAGCACAUAUUUGGAGUCAAUGGUUGCUGUGCAAGCUUCUUGAAAUGCAACUGCCAUGAAUCUACUAUCAGAAUGUCUAAUCGCUUGUGUUGUUGGCUGCCUAAAUUAAUGAAAAAUCUCAUAAGGAAUUCUAAACGCUGCCAAUAUAAGAAACUAUUUCUGAAGCAUUGUUCUGUCAAGUCUAAGGUGGGAUCUGAUGUGAUCAAGAAUGAUGGCAAGGUACAUUGUUCACUUGGAGGGGAAUACUGUUACCAAUCUUUUUCUCAAUUGGAAGCUUACAGUACACAUCAACAAGUAGUUUCUUUUGUUUGGGCAGUGUUAAAACGAAUCAUACCAGAGCCAUUGCUUGGAAACUCUGAUGGCAAGAGACUUUUGAGGAUAAAUAUAUGGAAGUUUAUAAAGUUACGUAGGUUUGAAACAUUUCAGUUAAGUGAUUGUAUUGGUGAACUGAAGGUAUCACACUAUUCUUGGUUAGCAAAUAUUGAAUUUUCUGACUGCUUUGGUCCUGCACUAAUUGGGAAACAAACCGGAUCAAGUUGCGCAGAAGAGCAGAAAGAGAAAAAUCUUUUGCAUUGCUGGAUUAGUUGGUUAUUUUCUGAUAUUGUGAUACCAGUGCUUCGUACAUACUUUUAUGUUACAGAAAGGGAAUCAAAACGAUAUGAUAUUUUUUAUUACCCAAAGUCAGUAUGGAGGAACUUAACUGUCAAUGCUAUUGCUUCCUUAAAUAGGAGAAACUUCAGGAUUUUACGGGGUGAACCUAGGAAAGCUGCUAGGCGUUUGAACUGUUCAUCAAGAGUGAGGUUUCUUCCAAAAAUAAAUGAUAUAAGACCAUUAGUAAACCUCAGAGCUAAAUCGAAGGAUGCCACUCUCAACAAGUGUCAUUUAAUCAUGAAAAAGCUAAGAGAUGAGAAACCUGAGAUGUUUGGUUCAUCAGUUUUUGAUUACAAUAAUGUUCACCAAAAUCUUUCCCAAUUUAUUUCUUCAACAAGGAGCCAGUUGAGGAAGAAGUUAAAGGUAUAUAUUGUUGUUGCUGAUGUAUCGAAGGCAUUUGAUUGUGUUAGCCAUGAUAUGGUUAUAAAAAUUAUAGACGAUGCUUUCAAGUGUGAUGAGUAUGCCGUGAGGAAAUGCGCAAAAGUAAUUUGUAACAGGGCUAAGAAUGCCUUGUACCAUUUUGAUUCAAAUGCUUCUAUUGGCAAUGGUAACAGCAUAUAUGAUUUUUCAAUUCAGCUGUCAUCAAGUGGUGGUAUUUUUGUUGAUCAGGGUGCUGUUAGCAGAAUACAAAAGGAAGAUAUUCGUCAUCUUCUCUAUGAGCAAGUAAAAUGCAAUAUUUUGAAGAUUGGGCAAAAAUAUUACUUACAACAAGUAGGGAUUGCUCAAGGAAGCAAGUUAUCUCCCAACCUGUGCUCCUUGUACUAUGGUCACCUCGAAAAUUCAGUGCUAUCAAAAUUUCUGCAUGAUAGCAAGCUUAAUGCAGCAGAGGCUGUUUCAGAACCUGAAUUUUUAUUAAUGAGGUUCAUUGAUGAUUUCAUAUUCAUCUCUUUCUCAAUGAAGCAUGCUCGAAAUUUCCUCAAUAGGAUGGGAAGAGGUUUUGUGUUUUACAAUUGCUACAUGAAUGAUAGGAAAUAUGGCUUUAAUUUCUGUGCUGGAAACAGUGAGCCUUCCUCUAAUAGAAUUUACAGGGGUGAUGAUGGAGUCCCAUUCAUGCCAUGGAGUGGUUUGCUAAUAAAUUGUGAAACUUUGGAAAUUCAAGCUGAUUAUACGAGGUAUUUAGAUGUCACCAUUAUCUCCACCAUCACUGUCAAGAUGGAUUUUUCGACAAAGUAUAUCCAUAGCAAGCUAUGCCACUACAUGCGUCCAAAAUGCCAUCCCAUUUUCUAUGACUCCAAUAUCAAUUCACCGGGUACCGUAAGAGUGAAUAUUUAUCAAGCCUUCCUGUUAUGUGCAAUGAAGUUCCACUGUUAUAUUCGAAGCAUUCCCAACACCAACGUAACCACAUUGGAAUUGUUGCAAGUAAUCAAGAGAACCUUCAGAUACAUGCAUAGUCUUAUUCUUAGACGAAUGCAAGAUGUGGAGCUGAACUAUAAUGUGCAUCCUGUUCUGAAGCUUAGGCGAAAAGAAGCCAUCUGGCUUGGUUUAACGGCAUAUAUUCGUGUGCUUCAGCAGAAACAAUCACGUUACAAGGAUCUGUUGACUUUGUUGACAGCAGAGCUAGGGAAAUAUCGCCAUUUAGGCCACGAAUGUGAUACCCUGCGCUAUGCUGUGGAUGACUCUCACUCGUCUAUGUUCUGGAAAUUUAAGUUCUAAAAGGAACUAGAAGCUGCUCAAACUACUGUUCUUUUGGAUAUUUAAAUGGUAAACAGUUUAACAGUUUUACUGUCCAGUCUACCAUCCCAGAUGACAUGAUGACAUGUCUGUACUUCUAUAAAAGGAGUCUCAUCCAUCUGUCGGUUCCUCAUGUCGUGUGCACUGCACAACCACUACCUAGCUUGGUAGAAAUAAAUCUACGUAAGAGCCCAUCUACUGCCGAGUGAUUACUUGGCCGUCAUACCUAACCAACAGGAUAUUUUAACCUUGCUAAUACCGUUUACUUGACCUCUUAUGGUGGUUUUGCUCUCUGGUUUUCCCCUGUUGGCGCGCCAUGCUGGACCGACCAACAGGACUUUACUGGCCCGUCAAACGUCAUCUGUUUAAACAAUUGUACUGGAAACUUGUACCAGUUCUUCGGUUCUUUACAUUGACAUUGAAGCUGGAAUUGCAUACAUGUGGAAGAGAUCAGUCAGGUGCAAGAAUUCAGCAGCACUGACAAAAUCAUAGUCAUGUGGCAUGGCAGAGUUUUUGAGAAAUCAUUUUAUACAUGACACAGAUAAUAUGCUUUACUCUCAUUCAUGAAACAAGUAAA